GUGAGCGGCAGUGGUCGAGAUGAAGGUGUUCCUGGCAGCAGCGCUCCUGGCCCUGGCGGCGGCCGAAAGCUUCUUCCGCCUCCCGAACCCCUAUUCGUACAACUGCCAGCAGGGCCUGUGCGUCAGGCAGGAAAGGGGGAAAACCAGCAGGCACCAGUCGCUCGAAACGUGCCAGAUCACGUGUGGGAGUUUCGGGUCAAUAUGGCCACAGCCGACGGGUAAAGUGGAACUGUCCAAGGAAACAGUCAGCUUUUCCCCUCGCCAGAUGCGGGUGACAAAGGCCGCCACUUCUGACAAGCGAGUGGCCAGAAUGCUGGACAACGCCAUCCAACACUUCACCCGCAACAUCCACUUCCUUCACCCUGACUUCCCACAAACCGAGAAGCAGCCGUUAACACCAGAGGAUUUUGAGAGCCUGAAGUUCCAGACUGAAGACCCUGCCCAGCAGGAGCAGUACCGUCAAAGGUCUGAGUAUGACAGGGAUCAGCUGCGCCAGCGACCCACGUACAGCAGGGAAGAACCCGAGAGUUUCAUCAGAAGGUCGCCUUUCCUGCGGGAGCGCAGUAACCCUGGAGUCGAAAGCCAUAACGUCAACAUCGAGAUGACUGUCACCGCCUCUGAUCACAAGCUCAGGCUCGAUACUGAUGAGAGUUACAAUCUGGUCAUUCAGACUGUGGAGGAUGAAACCACCGCGACCAUCUUAGCUUCCACCUACUAUGGUGCCCGCCAUGCCCUGGAGACGCUCUCUCAACUCAUUGCCUACGAUGACAUCAAUAAUGCGGUGCAAAUCGUCCGUGAUGCUCAGAUUCAAGAUGCUCCGAGGUUCAGGUAUCGUGGCUUCAUGCUGGACACUGGGCGCAACUUCUAUCCCAAGGAAGACCUCAUGAAACUCCUUGACUCAAUGGCUUACAACAAGAUGAACUACUUCCACUGGCACAUAAACGACGCCGCUUCCUUCCCGAUGUACUCCAACCGCAUUCCAAAGAUGACAUACUAUGGAGCCUAUGACGCUAGAAAGGUUUACUAUCCUCAGGACAUCAGAGAUAUCGUCGAAUAUGCCAAUCUCCGUGGUAUCUCCGUGAUCCCCGAGAUAGGUGGCCCUGCUCAUAACGCUGCUGGCUGGCAGUGGGCCGAAAAGGAGGGCAAAGGCAAGCUUGCUCUCUGCACAGACUCGAAUGAGCCAUGGUUUGAACUGAGCAAGGAGCCUCCAUCUGGCCAGAUGAACCCGAUCAACCCAGAGGUCUACCCGAUCCUUGGCGAGCUGUACCGCGAUCUCAUGGAUUACUUUGACCCUGAGAUGGUGCACAUGGGCGGUGAUGAUGUAAGUUUCAAGUGCUGGCAGUCUUCUGAGGAGAUCCAGCAAUAUCUCUCCGAAAACAAACUUGAAUCCACAAGCCGCCAAUAUUUCGAGCUGUGGAACACUUACCAGAGCAGUGCUUACAAUAAGCUCCAGGAAGCCGCUCAAGGACGCAAAGUCACACCCAUUAUUCAUUCCUCCUCGUUUGCUCGCAAUUACAUCAACAAAGAUGCAUACAUUAUCCAGCUAAAUGAAGAUGCUGCUGAUACUGCGAUAGCUGACUACAUCAAUAAUGGAUACAAAGUAAUUUUCUCCAACCAAGACCAGUGGAAUUUAGACUACGUAACCAGCUCAUGGAUUGGUGAGAAGGCUGACAACUCCCCAAAGGUAACACCUACAUGGGAAAACUUCUACAGUAACAGUCCUUUUGAUAUUAUCUCCGACUUUGGAAUUACCAAUGCACGGUCUGACGUUGUUGACAGCCAACAAUCCAGUAACCUAAGGGACCUUGUUCUUGGAGGAGAAGCAACCCUUCAGAGUCACGAAAUCGAUAACAAUGGUCUCCAGUCCAAAAUCUGGCCCCGCCUCUCCGCCUUCGCAGAGAGGCUUUGGACUGAUCCUACCGACAGUCUCGGCCUUGAUACUGGCUUUACUCAAAAGAGGCUCAAUAUUCAACGCGCAAGGAUGGUCCGCCGUGGCAUCCGGGUUGACCCUCUCCAGCCUGAGUACUGCAUGCAGGAUGAAAGUGCCUGCUACAGCGUGGAGCAGUAUCGCGCCCGUAAAUCUCCUGUUAACUAGUAGGUGAAGAUAUAAAAAAGUUAUUCUUCACAUCUUAAUUUUUUUAUGAGGUUCACUCUACAGAGGAUAAACAUAUACCAUGAGCAGCAUUUAAUGUUAUCAAGUGUGAUGCACUUACAAUAAAUGGCGAAUAAUGUUAAA